AGAUUCGUGGCUCAAAGAAAAAAUUCACAGAGCAGUCACGGGUGGCUGGCAGGCAUGGGCACCGUCAUGGAGGAGAGGGUAAAGAAAAUGCUUGGGGGCAAUCUAAAGCCUGAGAUGAAAGCCUUGAUGCAAGACUUGGGUCCUGACUUCAAGUUUCCUGAGUGGAAGUAUCGCAUGAACAAGUUGGACUCCUGCAGCAGUGAGGAUGGAGGCUUGCAAUUUGAGGGUCCUUCCGGAUACGUGCCGUCUGGAGGGGCUUCAGGAAGCUCAGUUCCAUCGCUAGCUGGCACAAUGCCGAAGCAGUCUCUGCUGCAUGAAUUGGUUGGUAUCGAUCGAAUGGACAAAGUUGCCAAACAGCUCGACAAAGGAAGUGAUGUGAAUGUCUUAGAUUGCAUGGGUGAAACGCCCUUGUUUUGGGCAGUGUCUGGAGAGGCAGUUGACUAUUUGGUGCGUGAGGGUGCAGAUAUUGAGCACCGGAACUCGCUUUGCAAUUGCUCGGCUUUCUACAAAUUUGCUAGUCAGGGCCAACAUCGCCCAUUGAAAGCACUUGCCCGCUACUUGAAGAAGGCUGGAGUGCUUGAGCAAUAUGUCAAUGAACCAUCUUCCAUUACCCAAAGAACCCCCUUGCAUGCUGCAGCUCACAAUGGGUUCCUGCAAACAGUCAAGGAGCUGUGUUCCAUGGGUGCAGAUAUAGAUGCGAAGGACUACUUGGGAAAGACCGCUUUGGAUUUAGCCCGAAAUCGUGGAUUCGACCAGGUGGUGACCCUUUUGGAGUGAGAACGUGCAGCGUCUUCCGUGCAAAGAACGGUUUUCAUGUUCCAUGUUCUCCAUAUUGGGAAACCAGCGGUCGCCAUGAUCGACCAAC